AUGUUGGUUAUUGUUUUAGAGGAUGAAAUUGAAUAGAGAGCCAACCUGUUUGAGGUUUAUCAGAGAAUGCAUAAACCAAAGGAAAAAUCAAAUGAGUGGUUUAACAAAGAACAAGCUCUGAUAGCUGAAAGUUACCAAACUAAAUUGUUUGAGAGAAAUUCUCAAAUAGGUGAGGGUAGUAACCAACAAUCUGAUGAUAGUAUAUACAUGGAAGUUGUUGGAGGCAUUAACAAGAAGGGACACAUAUUUGGAUUGGGAUCUCAAGCUGCCACUAUCAAAGAAUCUUUGAAAUUUUCUACUUCAAUUUCUACUGAUGUGGUACAGUCAGAUAAAGUUGCUGCUAUGGAGGCUAAGAUUGAAGCAUUAACCGUUGAACUUGAGCAAAAGAAUCUUGAACAAGAAACGUUAAAACAAAAGAUGGAGCAUUGGGAGCAGAUUUUUGGAAGGUUUGUGCCUAGUAUUAAUCAAAACUCUCCGGGUCAACUUGGAAGAGAAGGUGAUAAUGAAAAUUAUGAGAUGGAUACUAAUGAAAAUUAUGUGAUGGAUGAUGAAGAUGAUGUGUUGGAUGAUGAGGCUUAGCUUUAGUUACUUUCUUUUAUGUAUUUUUGUUAAAUCAAUUAUAUGAAUUUUUGUGUCUUUGACAAUUUUAGGUUUGAUAUUAUAUUUAGUGCAGUAGUGGUGCACUUGAUACUUUGUAAGAAUGACAUACAUUUGGUGUCAAUCGAAAUUUGAUUUUCUCA